AUGAACCCUCUUCCCUUUCGCGCGGGGGCUCAAAAUCAAACCUCGUAUGAGCUACCUCCCGUGCAGUCGGUGACGUCGGGCGCUUUCGCGGCUCCCGGUGCGAUGCUUUCCGCCCCGCCAAGUAGACCCGACAGCGGGAUGCGCAUGGCCCAUCUAUUACAGCCCAUGCCCCAGGCUCCCGCCCAACAACCAAUGCCUCAGGGUCCACCACAGCAUGGGAUGACCUUGGCUCCGGGUCCGUCGACGUCGCCUUAUGACCGAUAUUACGAUUCGGCCUCGGGUUCUCCAGCUGAAAAUGGGGGUCUGCGCGACGCUCCUCCUAUAGGCGCUCUACCGGGCAAUCCGAGUCUGUUCCAGACAAGCCCGAUCGGACAUUCUAGUCACGUUCAAAGUCAACUGCAGCAGAAAAGAGCGUAUCGCCAGCGCAGGAAGGACCCGAGCUGUGAUGCGUGUCGUGAGCGCAAGGUGAAGUGUGAUGCGUCGGAAUCGAGCAGCUGCACCGAAUGCAAUAAUCGACGUGUUCGUUGUCAGUUCACUAAGGAGACUAAUCGUCGCAUGUCGUCUAUCAAGCAGGUGCAGGAUCUUGAGAAGCAGCUCCAGUCUACUAAGCAGCAGUUGCAGCAGUUUAGAGCUGGGAGGCUUCGUCCUGAUCAGAUGAUGGACGUUGAUGAAUCAGCCUCGCAGCAGUUGAUCACCUUACCGGAGAUUGAUUACAAACCUGCCCGAAGACCCAGGAUAUCGAUUACCGAAGACCUAUCGGAUGUCCGCAAAAACUUGCGUCAACAUGGUCGUGGUAUCUUGAAGGUUCCGACUCCGUAUCAGCAGCAAGGCUCCAAAUCCAUCGUCUCAGGCGAUGUACCGGCUCUACCUCCGAAAGAAGUUGCAGAUAAUCUCAUGGCACAGUAUUUCAAUUGCAUACAUUCUGUCUUGCCAGUUCUCCACUGGCCAUCUUUCACCGCAGAAUACGACCAGGUCUAUCGGAAAGGCUCUAUCGCCGGUAUCUCCAGCGAAUGGGCAGCUGUAUUGUUUGGAGUUUUCGCAUGCGGUGCUAUCCACACCGUGGACCCAAAUCGCGAAGAGCAGGGAAAAGAAUUCGUGCGCAUUUCUUGCGGGAUCAUCGAUGUAUGGCAAGACAACUUCAACCUGGACCGAGCCCGCGCAGCUUUACUUGCCAGCAUCUUUCUCUAUGAGGUAAACUCUAAGUCUGCAAGCUGGGUGUGGAUCGCAUCUGCGGUGCGCGUGGCUCAAGAGAUUGGCUUGCACAUCGAAUCCGGCCCAUGGCCCCCGCUCGAAGGAGAAAUGCGAAAACGUCUCUGGUGGGGCUUAUAUACUUGGGAUCGAUUACUGGCUCUUGAAAUGGGUAAGCCAGUCCUAAUAAACGACCAAGACUGCGACAUCGAUCUACCUUGUCCAGUCGACGAGCAAUAUAUCGCAGAUAAUGGCAACAUCCCAGAAAGCCCCCAAACCACCCCUAUGCUGGCAACCAUUCACGUGGUCCGAUCAAUCGGCCAACUCACUCGCACACUCCGCUCCAUCACAAUUAGCCACGCCACCCUGGACACAUUCGAAAGACACUUCAACACAUGUCUAGCAACAUUCCCACCGCACCUCCACCCAAAAUCAGACCAGGACCUCGACCCCCGCUCCCUGGCCCCAAUCAUUUACCUCCAGAAUGCCCGCCUUCUUCUGCACCGCCAUAAUAUCACACCAUACUGCCAAGAUAUCAUCCGCUCCACCGCAAUGGAUUACUGCGUCACAACCGCAAUCGACACCGCUACCAUCUUAUCCCGCUGCAUGCGCACGAACUCCCCAACUAAUUGGCGAAUCCUCUUCGCUUCAUCAGCCAGCACCCUUCUCUGCACCCACAUCUGGCGCUGCACUCUCUUCCUCCUUUUCCGCCAAGAAUACACCGCUGCCCUCGCAUGCGUCCAAGCCUGCGCAUCUAUCGGCGACGGCCGUGCCAUAAACGUAGCCUGCGGCCGGUACCUCGCGUUCUUUCUCCGUGCACUGAUAGACCGCUUCCGACAAAGCGAUAUGGGCAUUCUCGACCACGACGAGGAGAUGAUGGCCUAUGUCUCGGGCGAUAUGCAGGGGACCAGUGAUGGAAGCUGGGUUUGGCAGGGUAGUGAGACAGGCUCACAUCUUGAAGCUGUUACAUCAGCCCGUAAUCCGUCUGUACCACCCGAAACAGAAGAGGCCGCCUGGGAAACUCCUGAGAAGACAUGGGGAUGGAUCGAGAAUACAGUCAACGAACUCAUCAGUGAGAAGCAGAGGAGAGAUCAGGAUGCGUUGUUACGGGAACGGGUGCAGACGCCUCAGCAGGAAUCUGUUCCUGUAUCCAUGUUGAAUCCAGAGUCUGCUGCUUCGGAUACAACUGAUGGACGGUCAAGUUCUGCUCAUUCGCGGAUGGAUAUCGCGAGUCUGAUUUAA